AGUCCUCACACACUUCCUCGGAAAAUUCGCUCUCACUCUUCCAGCUGGAAUCCAAAGCAGACAAUGAAGACAAAGCUUCUCUCUCUCUCUUUCUUCAUCGCUCACUGAUUUAAUUUGGAUUUUGUGUGUCUCUUCGGAUGAUUUCUUCUUAAUCUGAAAAAAGUUUUGAAGAUCUUUGGAUAAGUUUUAGCGAUGAAAUCUUCGACUCGGCUUGACUCAGUUGCUUUUCAGCUCACUCCCACUCGAACCCGGUGCGAUUUGUUGGUAACAGCUAAUGGAAAGACUGAGAAAAUAGCUACAGGGUUACUUGAUCCUUUUCUUGCCCACUUAAAGACUGCAAAAGAUCAAUUAGAAAAAGGUGGUUACUCAAUUAUUCUCAAGCCUGAAGCUAGUGAUAAUGCAGCCUGGUUCACUAAAGGAACAAUUGAAAGGUUUGUUCGAUUUGUGAGCACACCGGAAGUCAUAGAACGUGUUUACACUUUAGAAACUGAGAUCAUUCAGAUUAAGGAAGCCAUUGGUAUUCAGAACAACUCUGAAACGGCAUUGACUGUUGUGAGAGACGAUCAGCGAGCAAAAAAAGCAGAUAGUACAGAAGGUAGCAGGCCUUUGCUACAGCUCAACGAAGAGAAAGCUAUUGUCCUUUACGAGCCUGAUUCACAUCCAAAGCAAGCAAAUCGAUCUACCUCAUCAGAUGAAAACUCUAAAGCUCAAGUUAUGAAAGUUCUGGAGACACGGAAGAUAAUGUUGCAAAAAGAACAAGGAAUGGCCUUUGCACGUGCUGUGGCAGCUGGUUUUGAGGCUGAUGAUAUGAUCCCUCUAAUAUCUUUUGCCAAAACUUUUGGAGCUACUCGUUUGAUGGAUGCGUGUUUGAAAUUUGUGGACUUGUGGAAGAAAAAGCACGAAACUGGCCAGUGGGUUGAAAUUGAAGCAACAGAAGUAAUAGCAACACAUCCAAAUAUCUCUGCAAUGAACGACUCAGGGAUUAUGUUCGCAAAUGCUGCUAAUAUGCCUGGGACACCUGAAAAUAGUGAUGCGAAGUCUCCUUCAGAUAAUAAACCAAAUGGAAAUCAAGAAUAUGUGCAAGGGCAGCAUCCGCAGCCGAUGUAUGCACCCUGGCCAGUUCACUCUCCACCGGGUACCUUUCCUGUAUUUCAAGGAUAUACGAUGCAGGGCAUGCCGUACUACCCGGGCUAUCCAGGAGCUAGUCCAUAUCCAUCUCCCUAUCCGUCUACCGAUGAUUCUAGACGUAGUUCUGGCCAAAGAAAGGCUCGGAAACAUCAUUCAUCUGGUAGCGAGGACUCCGAAUCAGAAGAUCAGGAAAGAGAAAUUGAAAAAUCAGGUAGAAGAAGAAAAUCAGGGAAGGUGGUGAUUCGGAAUAUAAAUUACAUUAAUUCAAAGAAGCAAGAACAUUCAGGAACAGAAUCUGAUGCUGAUGACCUUCAUGAAGAAGGGGCAAGAGAAUGUUACAAUGGUAAAGAGAGAGCAAUAGAAGGAAAAGAAGCUGACACUGGGGAUUGGCAGGCCUUUCAGACUUAUUUAUUGCAAGAUGCCGAUAGAGAUGAACGUACCAUUGGCCAUAUGAUGGAAAAGGAGAUUACAAGGAAGAAGAGGCAAAGUACAGGGAAGUAUGAUCCUUUAGCACAUGAUGAACGUGAAUCAGGAAAAUAUCAAGAAAGGGAUACAGCUGAUAUUCGGAAUGGAAGUGUGACUCGUAGAAUCAGGGGAUCUAGUGACUCUUUCAUGGUUCACCAGAGAGAAAAUGGUUUUGUGAAUUCUUCUGAUCCUCUCAACUUAGGAUUUGAUAAUCCAAGGAAUGGUCUGGAUAAGAGAUCAUCAUUUAACAUGGAUGAUGAUUCUUAUAUCGUUACUCGGGGUUCUGCACCACUGGAUGAAGCGGGAAGAAAUAAGAGAAAUGCCAUGGACAUCGGAUCAGAGAUCUCUCCAUGCCACCAAACUGAUGGAAAUGAAAGAAAGCAGGUCAAUUACGAGCCUCAUGAUCUGAGUCUGAUACCAGAACGGGAAACAGAGAAGUUAUCAGCUGGGUAUGAUCCUGCACUAGAGUUUGGAUCCAAAGCUUUAAAGAAGAAUAACCUGGCAGCUGGAGGUGCUAAGAAGUUAGUGAAAGAUCCAAAAUCGAGACUUUCUAAAGAUGCUGCAGAUAAGAGGAAGGCUCCGGGGCCAAUACGGAAAGGAAGACCGACAAAGAUGAGUCCUUUAGAUGAAGCAAGAGCACGUGCUGAUAAGCUUAGAAAUUUCAAAGCUGACCUCCAGAAAAUGAAAAAGGAGAAGGAAGAGGAAGAGAGGAAGCGCAUCGAAGGUCUGAAAAUAGAAAGGCAGAAGCGGAUUGCUUCUAAAAGCAACUCAGCUGUAGGUCAGUCACAGUUGCCUGCACAACAAGCAAAAAAACAAAUUCUAAACAAGUUUUCUCCCGGCGCUCCUCGAGCCUCUAAGUUUAGUGACUCAGAACCAGGAUCAUUAUCACCUCUUCAACGUCUUUCCAGAAGAACUGCUUCUUUAGGGUCAAAUGACUAUCAGAAAUUCCCCAAGAAUGGUAAAUUGAGUACCGUAAGUAAGUCAACAGGAAAUAUGCUAACAAGGUCGAUAUCACCGUUACCUCCAUCUAAGAGAGAAAGCAUAGCAACAGGAAAUAGGCUAACCAGGUCGAUUUCACCAUUACCUCUGUCUAAGAGGGAAACCAGAGUUAGUCUAGAUACGCAGAACAAGUCGGUUUCAAGGACAAGACGAUUAUCAGAACCAAAAAUGGGUAACAAUAGUGCACCAAGUUCGUCAGUGAGGCCACGGCGCACAAUAGCAUCAAGAAAAGCAUCUGACGCUCCUGAGAUAAAGAAACUAUCUGCCAUUGUUAACUAUGAUAUAGCGAAAAUUGCAUCUCUUCCGGAACUGAAGAUAAAACCAGCCAAAGGUCCUACUAAUGUUAUGGUGAAAGGGGUCGAGAAACUCAAAUCUUCAGCUUCUGAGAUUCAACCAAGUGGUAACAAGAACAAAUCCUUGUGCCAAAAUGAUAUUGAAGAAACUCCAGUGAUUGAGAAGACAGUAGUGAUGGUGUUGCCAAGCUCAGCUCGAAGUAUAAGUACAGAUCAGGUGAAACACGAGAAGUCUGAUGUAGUCUCUGAAAACACCACCAUCCGUCAAGUAGUUGAUAAGGAAGCCUUUGAAACAAUGCAGGAGAGUGGCAGUGAUCUAGUCUUAGUUAGAUUGGAGACUCUGAGUGACUUAGUAACAGAAACACCAAAGUUUCUGACAAGUCAAAGUAUCGUUGCGAAACCAUAUGAAGCUCCAUAUGCUCGGGUUUCUUCUUUAGAAGAUCCUUGUACAGUGUACUCAGACUGUUCCCAAGCACCUCCACCAAGGUUAUAUUCAAAUGAGACAGAGCAAGAAACUGGGAAAGUCCUUGUACCAGAGAAGAAGAUAAGUGAGGCCUUAGAGAAAUCUCAAACAAAAGAGUCGGCGUCAAACGGGCUUAGAAAACUGUUGAAAUUUGGAAAAAAGAGUCAGUCUUCUUCCGUAAGUGAACACCAUACCGAGUCUAAUAAUGCAUCUUUUAAUAGCAUCGAGGAUCAUGAACCAGCUGUCACUGCUGCCACGACAAGUGAAGCUUUUACACUGAAGAAGCUCAUAUCUCAAGACGAAACACCUACAGCAGCAGCCGCUUCACAGAAAUCUUCUCGCCAUUUUUCAAUACUGUCUCCCUUCAAGAACAAGAAGACAGUAUCCUGAGGACACAAAAUAUAUAAGCUUUGAAAGCUUGUAGUGACAGAGUAUUUAUGAUGUAUCCAAUAUCAUUAUAUCAAGCCUCUUCUGCAACAAUGUCAAAACACUACAAUUGAUGCAAAACAUUUGGUUCCAAAUGCAAUGAAAUGUUGUAUUUUUUUUAU